CUUCCCUCGCUGUCUAUCAUCAGUUUGUAUAUCAGAUCUCAUGUUCUUUAACCACGUGUAUCUAUCCCAGUAAGAAUCUAUGGAUUGACUUCCUGAACAUCUAACCUUAGCUUCAUGCAAAUCUUGUCAAUUCACGGAUACACGUCUGCAUCAGGUACUGUCUUGCCGCAGAGCAACAGACAAUGGACAUCUUCCCACAAAUGCUCUCGCUCUCUGCCCAUCGAUAGCAGACGCGUCUACUAUUUGUGUUACCUGUUUUGAUUCAGCACUAGACACACGCAUAGAAGGUGGCAGGGCGUCAAAUCCCAUUUCUCUCCGACGCAGGCAACCGCCGGCUUCCGGCUCCGCUCCUUCCGUUGACUGCCCGUCCUUGUGAAUUCCCGGGGCCUCCAGUUUUGUCUUUGUUUCAGAACACGCAACUACGAAGUCGAAAUGGAGGAGGAAACACCGUGGAGCGGCAUCGAGAAUGGAAUUGAUGAUCCGGAAGAGCUUCAGGUCAUAUACCGCGCAUUAGACUCUUAUCAACAGUAUGCCAAAGUUGCCCAUUUCCAAUGUACGCACGUCCGUAGGCAGGCCUUCUACGCGUUGCCCCAGGCCCACUGGCAGAGGCUCGCAGCGCCUCCCUUCAACUAUCUCGACACGCUGGACAAGAUAGACGACGCCAUCGAGUCCAAUGCAGAGCUCGCCCGAAUAAUCUUCAAAACGGGCCUUGAGAUGUUCCAUGUUGGCGUCCUAUCUGAGGACGGCGGACUGAAACUGCCUCCGCAAUGGAGCGGCUCAGCAAAACCUAAUGACCUUGACAAGGCCCGCAGCACCAUCCGCCAGUUCUACCGCGAUUGGUCUGCCGACGGUGCCCGUGAGCGGGAGGCGUGUUUCGGUCCUGUGAUGCGCGCCAUUGCCGCCGAACAAGAAGCCAGGGGACCGGAUCAAGCCCAGCUCAAAGUCCUCGUUCCCGGUGCCGGCCUCGGCCGUCUCGUCUUCGAGCUGUGCAUGAGAGGGUGCGAGACGGAGGGUAACGAGAUAUCGUACCACCAACUGCUGGCUUCCUCCUACAUUUUGAACUGCUGCCAACGCGCCGGGCAGCAUACCAUCCACCCUUGGAUCCACACGUUUUCGAAUCACAAAUCCCGGGCCAACCACCUGCGCGGCUAUGCCGUUCCCGAUAUCCAUUGCGCGACCGAGCUCACACAAGCGGAGCAGACACGACCUAUCGGUGCAAUGAGCAUGAGCGCCGCCGACUUCUUGUGCCUGUACGCUCAGGAGGACAGGGCAGCAGCCUACGACGUGGUAGCAACCGUCUUUUUUCUCGACACGGCGCCCAAUCUCAUACGGUACCUGGACACCAUCUUCCACUGUCUGAAGCCUGGCGGUAUCUUGGUCAAUGUUGGGCCGCUGUUGUGGCAUUUCGAAGGCCGCGUGUGGGACAGAGACGAGCAUGAGCACGAGGAAGGCGAGGGCGCUGCCAGCCACGACACGUCGGGCAUCGCCGACCCAGGUAAUUUUGAGUUGACGGAUGACGAGGUGAUGGCGCUGGUGGCGCAGGUCGGGUUCGAAAUCGUCUCGCGAGAGACGGGCAUCGAAGCCCCGUACAUCCAUGACACCGAGUCAAUGCUGCAGACGACGUACAGGGCAAGCGCCUGGGUAGCUCGCAAGCCAAACACGGCAGCCACAGCAUAGAUCGGUAAUGUUUAGCCAUCAACACCCGUAGCUACGCCCGCGCUCUCUCGAUUGGGUAUGUCAUGACAGCUAAGCAUCCAUCCCGGCUUCAUUGGCACCCUAGCCCGCCCUCUACAACUUGAGAUGUAGCUCACCCUUCUGCCACAACGCGCCGCCGUCAAUCUCAAUCGCCGCCCCAUUAACAUGCGCCCCAGCCCGGCUCGUCAGAAAGACCACCGCCCCAGCAAUGUCCUCCCCUCUCCCCAACCUCCUCAUUGGAUUCGCCUUGGCCAACUUCUCCGCACCGCCAGCCAUGUCCAACAGUCCAUUGCUCAUCUUGCUCGGGAAAAAUCCCGGGCAGAUGCUAUUCACCGUAAUUCCCCUCGGGCCCAAUUCCACGGCGAGAUUCCUCCCCAAGUGAAGCACGGCCGCCUUCGACGCGCUGUACCCGUACGUGCCCUGCUUGCCCAGCGUGCCAACGCCCAACCCGGCCACGCUCGAC